CAGAACAGUAUUUCACCAGCUGCGGAGGGAUGAAGGAAGAGAGAGUAGGGAAACUGAGACAGUGAGAAAGGAACAGAGGGCAUGACUAAAACAGAAAGACUGAGAGCAAGGCACUGGACCAUGCCCAGAGACAGGACCAAACAGUAAAUAAUACCAGGAACACUAACAGCAUUGAAUAAGAUAGGGACACAAGUUCUGUCUCAAGAAGAAGAGGAAGCUGCAAUACAUUAAAAGGUGACUGGAGGGUAGGGAAGAGAACUUGGUGAAGAAGCAGUUUCAGAUACAUUGUAUUCUGACACUAGCAGGAUCCAGUCAGAAAGGAACUGCAGACACAGGGAGAGACUGUAUAAAUGUGUGUGUGUGUGUGUGUGUGUGUGUAUGUAUGUAUGUAUGUAUGUAUGUGUGUGUGUGUGCUCAUUCCAGCUGUUGAAAAAAAAGCAACUGGCUUUGCAGUAGUAAAAUCCACAGGAACCCAUUAAAGCUCGGAAUUAAGGAGGAUUAGCAAGCAACUUCUGCAGGAGCUGCUGUUUUGCUGGACCUGGCAAGAUUAUCUACCCUUGGGACAAAGAUAAUGUUUGGACGGCCUGACUUCAUAUUUCCUUCAGAUCUUCUGCUGAUGUGAUCAUAAAACAUAUGGUUUAACCCAGGUGGUACCGGCGGUCUGUAAACGACAGACCUACAAUUUCCACCUUCCCAUCUAUGUAAGAUAAUGUCCUUGAUGUUUGGAAAACCCAGAGCAGUCAACGUUGCUAAUUUUACUACAGCAAAUGAACGCAGCUUGCACUCAGAAUGCAACAUUGUGCUGCUUGGGUGUCGAGGUGUUGGCAAAUCAGCUCUGACAGUGAAAUUCCUCACCAGAAGGUUCAUUAGUGAAUAUGACCCCUUCCUCGAGGACACGUACACCUCCGAGGAGGUAGUGGACCAGCAGCCAGUUCUUGUCAGGAUAAUGGAUACAGCCGACCAGGAUGGACCUGUGAAUCCAGAGCGGUACCUACACUGGGCAAAUGUCUUCUUGGUGGUGUAUAGUAUUGAUAAUAAACAGAGUUUUGAGAGAUGCUGCCAAUAUCUAGACAUUAUUUCUCAGUAUAACAGAGGAGCCUUACACGAGUGCCCAGUUUUGCUGUUGGGAAACAAGUUGGACAUGGAGCGAUACAGGCAGGUCAGUAAGGCAGAUGGUUCCGGUCUUGCUUCUCGUCAUGGGUGUCUAUUCAGAGAGAUAUCUGCUUGCCUGGAUUUCCGGUUGGUCCAACAAAUUUUUCAUGAUGCCAUCCAGGAAGUAAGGAGAGAUGCGGAGAGAUCUUCCCCUAUUCGACCACCACUCUACAUCAGCGAAGAGAGGGCUCUACUUGGCUUCCCACCCACUGCUUCUCCUGCAUCUUCCACUCGACAUGGUGUACCCACACUCAGCACACUGUCCCCUGUGAGCUACAAGGAGAUUCCAUCUGUGGCUCAAGCAAAACUUGUCACUGUUAAGUCUUCUAGAGCGCAGAGCAAACGCAAAGCGCCCACCCUCACUCUGCUUAAAGGCUUCAAGAUAUUCUAGCAAUGGGAUUGUAGACCAGUGCUGUGAGUGUCAUGGCCAUUGUCAGAAGUUGAUGACGAGUUUAACCUUUAAAUGAAUGCAAUGCGACAAAGAAGCUUGAAAGCUAUGAUUCUGGAAAUUAGACUUGUGUCUUUUCAUCCAGCCCACAUUUGCUUAUUUAUUCAUCGGGGGGGGAAAAAAAAAUCAAUUUUCUAAUUGAACAAACAUUUGAAACAACCAACAUGUAACCAUAUGGCAAUACUAUAUUGAUGUAGACGGUGCAGUUUCUUUUAGUCAAUGUGAAUUCUGCAUGUUUAUGUUGAGCAUUGUGAUUGCAUCCCCGCUGUCACAUGUAGUUAAGAAUAACAGAGAAUUCUUGGAGAAAAGCCUACAUAUUUCAUGUAAAUAUGGGUUGUGUUUGUUGAUCCUUUCCUGUGUGUGCGAAGUGCUGGAGCUUUGAUGAUCUGUUAUACAGAUGUUCACGCUGUCCGUUCUGCCAAUCUAGCAACCCACACCACAUUAUCAGCCUUCUGAUCAUUGCACACAAUGUACUCACUGGAUCUCUUUCUGGAUAGUAUCUACAUGUGCCAAUUCCGAGCAAGAUUUGUUCUGUAAGAACGCACAUUACCCAACUAAUGCAGAAAAGCUAGACAUUCAACAGGAAGUGCUGCUGUUGUGGAAAUUAAAAAUAGAUGUAAUACAAGUCACGUUUCUGACUGUGAUGCAGGUAUAGGGUGUCUGCUCUGUUUUAAAUGCUAGAUAUAUGCCCUUUACUUUGCUGUACACCAUCUGUCAGAUUAUGAGAUGAGCAACUGGUUUAUGUUUUACCAUCUUAUGCCUCUGCAUCAAUAUCUUAAUAAUUUCCAACUUUUAUGGUUCUAACAUUGGCAGGUCGGGGAGUGCACCAGGGCAAAUGCUCCCCUAAGAAGUCAGGGAAAUGGAUGGAUGGUUGCAGGAGCUACCUGAGGGGUCAUCCCCACUCUUUCCCUAAGUUCCUGCAUCCAAGCUGUUAAAAGCACUGCCUCCACUUGUUAAGACUACUUCACAUACAGGGGAAAGGAACCAUUUAAUUGUUUUAUCAGGCAGGAAUCAAUGCAGCUGUGUCAAUUUCAUAGCAGAAGCUGUGUGCUUUAAUGUGUGUAGGUACUUGCCACUGUAUGCAUAUUUGUAAAACUGUGCAUCUAUAUGUGUCCACCGUUUGGAAUUA